GUGUCGUCUGUCUCGCACCAAGCUUCCUCCGCAAGGGAAAUCCUGUCAGGCUGCCUGGAGCGUCUUCACGUUGGGACGAGAGCCCUAGCUGUGGAAGCCCAAGGGCAGAACAGACUGUUCCGAGCCGCGGGAGAGGGUCUGCCAGGAGGAGCUUCAUCCCUGCAGCACUGCUGCUAGAGUUAGAGAAACCUGCUGCCUCUCCUCUCUGUUUCUUUUGGUCUCCUGGAGAGGAGAGAUGGCGGAGCUUGACACCAGUUGGACAGCCUAUACCAGGAACUAGAUUUAUUGCGUUCAAAGUACCUUUAAAGGGGGCCAUUAACCAGAGGCUUACUCCAACUCAGAAAUUCACACCAAAAGACUUAAUAGCUGCGAUGAAAGCCCUAAAUGUGGAGCUUGGAUUAAUUAUUGAUUUAACAUAUACCACGCGAUACUAUGAAGUUAAGGAUUUACCUAAAAGUGUGCAGUAUAAGAAACUUUAUACUGUUGGACUUGAAGUCCCCGAUAAUGCUACUAUCCUACAGUUCAAAAAAUGGGUCAGAAAAUUCCUAUGGGAAAAUGCAGGAAAUGAGAAACUCAUUGGCGUUCACUGUACUAAUGGAAUUAAUAGAACUGGCUACCUUAUAUGUAGGUAUCUUAUUGAUGUUGAAGGCUGGGAUCCAGAGGCAGCAAUCCAAGCUUUCGGUGAUGCUAGAGGUCAUCGCAUGGAUGGUCUUGUGUAUCUCACAGAUCUCAGAACACAACCGAUGAGAAGUAACCUUGGAAUGGAUGUGUGGGAUUCAGAAGAAGAUACUGUUCCUCCACCACAUGCAAUGGAAGGACCUGUAGAACGGUUCCCAAAUGAAGAUUUUCAAGGGCCUGGGAAAAGAUUAAGAAUUUAUGAUGACCACUCACACAGCGAUUUGCAAGGACAGAUACAGUUGAGAGAUUUUGAUUUCAUUAAUAAGGGGCCUGGACAAAGACGAAGGCCAUUUCAUGACCACCAGUCUCAGGAUGAUUUACGAACACCAGUGCAGAUGAGAAAUUGGGACUACAAUAGGGGACCAGGACAGAGGCGAAGACCCUUUCCUGAUCACCAGUUUUAUGAUGAUUACCAAGAAGAUAUGCAGCUGAAGGACCUAGAAUUCAGUAACAAGGGACCUGGACAACGACUGAGACCUUUUCAUGGGCACCAAUUUCAUGAUGAUUUACAAGUAGAGAGACAGUCAAGAGACUUCGAAUUUAAUAGGGGCCGAGGACAAAGGCAGAGAUCUUUUCCUGACCAUUCAUCUCACAGUGAUUUGCAGGAAGAUGUGCAAUCAAAGGAUUUUGAUUUUGUUAGCAGGGGCCGUGGCCAGAGGCGAAGACCCUUCCAUGACCACCAGUCUCACGAUGAAUUUCAGAACCAGAUGCAGUUAAAAGAGUUAGAUUUUGUCAACAAAGGUCCUGGACAAAGACUGAGGCCCUUCCAUGACUAUCAGUCACAUGAUGACUUCCAGCCACAGAUGCAACUGGGAGAUUUUGAAUUUGUUAAAAGGGGCCGUGGGCAGAGGUUGAGACCUUUUCAUGAUCACCAGCCUCACAAUGACUUACAAACAGAGAUGCAACUAAAAGAUUAUGAUAAUAAAGGUCCUGGACCAAGAAACAGACAUUUUCAUGACCAACAGUCUUAUGAUGACUUACAGGAACAGACUCAGUUAAAAGAUUUUGAUUAUGCUAAUAAAGGACAUGGACAAAGGCUGAGAUCUUUUCAUAAUCAUCCAGCUCAUGAUGACUUGCCACAUGAAUGGUGUUCAGACAGAAGUCAAUCUUUUUCAUCCCAUGAAAAUGUACCAGAAUCUCAUUUCUCCUCAUCUCCUUCACUUCACAGAGAUUAUGGGUCUGAUAGUGAUGACUUUAAAAGAAGUUACAGUAAUCGACCAAAUUGUCCUGAAGAGAAUAGGAGAAUGCAUCCUUCAGAUGAAUUUAAUAGAGGAAAAAACAGAUUUGCACCAUAUUCUUCACGUACAAUGCAUUCAUCUUCAUCUGUACACCAGGAAGAUAGUUCAAUAGACUAUGAAAGAAAACCUUUUCAAGGUGAAACUGCAAGAGAGAUGGAACAGGGCAAAAGGUUACCAGUUGUAACGGUUGAUUACAAUUACGGUUUGCCAUUAGAUUAUGGACCUGAAGAGGAAGAGAGGACACAGUAUGAUUUACCUCCAAGGGACCGCUACAACUGGAAUUGAAUAAAAAGGACAGUGUUUGCUGAGCUUAGACUUACAUUUACCCAUUUUACUUUGUAUGUGGACCAUUUUUUUUUUUUUAACAAAUUAGAGAAGCGCAAAUUUUGAUAGCAGAGAACUUGUCUCUGUUGUAAGAUUAGCGUCUACUGAUGUUUGGUUCUUAAAUUUAUUAGGAUGUAUUUGUUAAGUGUAGUUGGAGAAAAGGUCUAAGUACCCAUGGAAUGAAAAUAGUCUUUCCUUUUAGUGAAAUUGGAAACCUAUAUCUUAAAGCAAACUACUUUCUGACAGAUAGUAAUUGUGUCUUUUAUUUUAAAUUUAAUAUGUAAUGUCAAGGUGCAAAACUUAUAAUAAAAUACUGCACCAUCAGGUGGACUAGCAUUGAGAUUAUAGAAAAGCUACUGUGAAACAAGUGAAACAGUUGUCAGCUUGAUCUUUUAACUUGAUAAUAGCAGUUUGAAUUAAUGCUAGCAAAACCGAAUGUCUUUGUCUUGAAACCUUUACUACUUAAGAGAUAUCCUUAAAAUAGACACUUACUUUUAAUAAUAGAACUUAACAUGAGAUGAAGUUUUGGUUCUGUGGAUUGAGUGCACAACUGAUGGGUAAGAUGAACUUGUUCCACCAUAGUUAAAUGGUUUGUCUAUAUCCUGUCUUCUCUUUUGGUAUUUUCAAAGUCUGCGAGAUCUCUGCAACACUGCAGUUUAAUUCCAGUUUUUCUGUACAUCAACUGAAGAGGCCUACGUUCACUGUCUUUCAUAGCAGAUUUUUUUCCCCCAGAUUGCUAAGAACUUGGAACCAGCUGGUUUUCAAACACUGUAAAUGUCAAACCUGCUUUUCAGUAACCUGAAGAUCCCAUCCUGAUUGUUUAUUCCUGAUCUCAUAGAUUAUAUAUGUUUCAGAAUAGCCCUGUACAGAUGAAUUUCACAAUUUUCUCAGCAACCCAUCGGAAUGAGGUAGCUUAUAUUAUCAGCUUGUCCAUCUCGGCUAGCCAAGAUUGCCUGCAGGGUAAGCGCAUACACUUCCCUAUUUGUUAGUCGGAUCUGUCUCCUUCUGUUGUGUUUUCUACUAGCUUCUGGUUACAGUACGGCAGAGUAAUUUACUCAGAGUAGAAAAAUAACAUCUUCAGGUAAGUUUCUUUUAGAUUCAUGCAUUGGAACAAUCUCCUCUGGAGUGCCACUUCACUGGAUCUCCAGAAGGAAGUGCGAUAAACAGUGACUAAGUUCAUGCCAGCAGCUGCCUCCCCCUGUAUGUAAACAAAUCUUAGUUUAUAGGACAGAAAAUAGUAUUAAUACAAUACCCAGGUAAAUGAAAAAUUAAAUUUUACAAAUUUAAUAAUUUUUACCUUUUAAAUAAUAUAUUUUCAAAGGGGGCAUCAUAGUGAAUAAGGAUAAAGCUAGACCAUGGCAUUAAAUUUAACAAUUAAAAUGAAUGUUUCAGGGAACACAAGGUGUUAUGCAGUUAAAAAAACUGCUUGAAAAGCAGCAUAGCUGGAAAGCAAAAAGCAAGAAGGUGUAAGUGUGCACUAGCAACUGCAAUAAUAAGAGUUCAUAGCUAGAAUACACAGACCUUUUUUGGCUUUUAGUAGCAGUGUAAAAGUUAGAUUUCUGAUCUCCUGGUUCUGUGGCUACUAAAUAAGCACUAGACUUUCAAAAGCUUGGAAUGUCUAGCAACUCCGGUUAACUUGCAUCAUAUGCAAAAAGUUCCAGGAAUCAAAGGAUUCUGUGAAUAUAUGCCUGAUUGCCUUUACAACUCAGAACAACUUUGGCUUUGUUCAUUAUACAAAGUAAAUAGUUCUCUCUUUCACAGCUGUGACGCUUAAUCAAUGUCACAACACAAGUAAGCAAUGAGUAGGAUAUAAUUUAUUAUUUUGCAGGCAUAGGCUAUUCACAUAUCAGAGGAACAGAAAGAAAGAUCAAUCAAUAGUUAGCAAAUAAAGCAGAGUCUACGUACCACCAAGCAAUGUGGGCGCUCAACCUCGAGGAGUUUCCUGGUCAGGUGUCCCCAAACCAGGGAAGAGGCAACUUGCAUCUGUCUCUCCUAGUGAAAGUCCCCUUCCCUUACCUACAGAUACACCUGACAGUGAUGACCACAAGUCGUAAGACAAAACUUUGUUCAGCUGGUGGAACUAAGAUGUGGUUCGGAUGAAACAAAGAUGUGGUUCCAGGUGGUCAGUUCUUGGCAAAUUGUCCUGUUCACGGGACAGUGCAGCUGUCCAAGUUCUAUUAAUAAAGCAAGUUGUAUCAGCCCUCAGGUAUCUGCUCAUAUUAAUAACUUAUAUAACAGUGGCUGGAGGGCAGCCUGUGGAAGCAGGUGUGCCUUUGGUGGAACAGUGGGGUUCAGUGUAGCCUCCCCUACAACAGCAGCUAGUCAAUUUUAUUUCUCAUUAAAUCUGUGGUUGUGAGAAUGGUGCAGCCUCAUUCAUGUGGUCUCAGGAAUAAAACGCUAAAUAUAAUCCAAUUUUGGAACUGAGCACUUAGUAUUAAGAAAGAAUAGCAUUUCUUUCCUUGCUUGCUCUUUUAUAAAUAAUGAGGGACACACUAAGAAUCAUUAAUGUAUGUUUCUUUAUUUGGGGGGAAGGAAGAUCUGCAACUCAGACUACUAUAUUCUUAAGUUCUUACAAAAACAAACAAACGUGGUGGUAUUCUCCAGCGGAGAGCUAAGAAUUAAGGACUGACAUUACAAAUGUCUUUGUUUUUAUACUAUGUAAACGGUAUUCAUAAAAUGAAUAAAGAGCAAAAAUUUGUGAAAGUUAAA